AUGUCGGUUACCUCAGACGAGUCAGACUACCUCUCUGAAGGAUCAAGCUAUAAUGAAGAAUUCAGCUCAGAAAAGACAACAAAGUCAAAACAAAAGAAACAGCCACUCGCAGACACGUCUUUGAACUCAUCUAGCAACGCGUCAACUACCUCAACUGGGAAACCUUCUAAUGCCUCUGAGACAUACCAAAAGCUCUCUCAGUUGGAACAUAUUUUGAAACGGCCUGAUACUUAUAUCGGAUCAGUUGAAAAAACUAAAAUGGAGAUGUGGUGCUUUGAUGCGGAAUCCGAGUCCAUGAAAUUUCAAGAGGUUACAAUUGUGUCUGGUCUUUACAAGAUCUUUGAUGAGAUUUUGGUCAAUGCUGCUGAUAACAAAAUCCGUGACCCUUCAAUGAAGAAUAUAAAGGUACGAAUUGACCCGGAAAAUAACGUUAUCCAGGUGUUCAACGAUGGUAAAGGUAUUCCCGUGGAGAUGCAUACAAAAGAAAAAAUGUACAUUCCGGAGUUGAUUUUUGGUAAUUUGUUGACCUCUUCGAACUAUGAUGAUGACCAAAAAAAGGUUACUGGUGGUAGAAAUGGGUUUGGUGCCAAAUUGUGUAACAUCUUUUCCACUCAAUUCGAAGUUGAAACGGCCGACUUGAAUACAGGCAAACUUUACAAGCAGACGUGGACUGACAACAUGACAAAGGUUGGCAAACCAAAGAUUAGUGCAUUGAAAACAAAGAAAGAAUACACCAAAAUCACGUUCAAACCUGACUUGAGCAAGUUUGAUAUGGAUAGCUUGGAUGAGGAUUUGUUAUCGGUUCUACGCAGGAGAGUGUAUGAUCUUUGUGGAACUGUCAAAAACUGUAACAUUUAUCUCAAUGACAAACGGUUGUCAGUCACCAGCUUCAAGAGUUAUGUCGAAAUGUAUGUGAAAGCAAUCAAAGAAAGGUCACCAGAGCCUGAAGGCGAUGGUCCUGCCAAAAACUACACCACAAUUGUGCAUGAAGUAUUUAACGAUCGAUGGGAAGUUGCCUUUGCUGUAAGUGAUGGUACAUUUAACCAGGUGAGCUUUGUCAACUCCAUAGCUACAACUGCUGGUGGUACCCAUGUCAAGUAUGUCUCUGACCAAAUAAUUUCGAAAUUGGUUGAAACCUUAUCGAAAAAGGAAAAGGGUAAGAAAAAGUUGAUGAUUAAACCGAAUGAGGUGAGAGAUAAUAUGUUUAUUUUCAUCAAUUGUUUAAUUGAAAAUCCCGCAUUCACAUCACAAACCAAAGAGCAACUUACAACAAAAGUAUCUCAAUUCGGAGGAAAGGAGAAAUUCGUGGCGUCAGACAACUUGAUCUCUCGUGUGUUAAAGACUGGAAUUGCUGAAAAAAUUCGUGAUAUUGCCAAUGCUAACGAAGACAAGGCGUUGCAAAAAGUUGAUGGAAGUAGAAAACUGCGAAUCAAAGGUCAAGUCAAUUUGGUGGAUGCAAAUAAAGCUGGUACUAAAGAUGGGACAAAGUGUACGUUAAUUCUUACAGAAGGGUUGUCUGCUUUGAACUUGGCUGUUGCAGGACUCACGGUUAUCGGUAGGGAUUACUAUGGCUGCUUCCCCUUGAGAGGUAAACUACUUAAUGUUCGUGAAGCUUCAGCUGACCAAAUUGCUAAAAACGCCGAAAUUAACUCUUUGAAGCAAAUUAUUGGUCUCCAGCAUAAAAAGUCUUACACGGCUGAGAAUAUUAAAUCGUUGAGAUACGGUCAUAUAAUGAUUAUGACGGAUCAAGAUCAAGAUGGGUCACAUAUCAAAGGGUUAAUCAUCAAUUUCUUGGAAACCUCCUUUCCAGGUUUGCUUGACAUUCCUGGAUUCUUGCUUGAAUUCAUAACUCCAAUUGUUAAGGUGACUGUCAAGGGUCGUGGUGCCAAAAAAGUGAUUCCAUUUUACAGUAUGCCAGAGUUUGAAGCAUGGAGAGAUGGAGAGGGACAAACAUGUCGUUGGACGCAGAAAUACUACAAGGGUUUGGGUACCUCAACCCCGAUGGAAGCGCGUGAGUACUUUACGGCUUUGGAUAGACACUUGAAGCGAUUCCAUGCAUUGCAAGGCGAGGACAGUAACUACAUUGAUUUGGCAUUCUCCAAAAAGAAAGCUGAUGAAAGAAAAGAAUGGUUGCAGAAUUUUGUUCCUGGAAACCAGUUGGAUCCUGAAUUGAACGAAAUUCCAAUUAGUGAAUUUAUCAACAAGGAGUUGAUUUUGUUUUCCAUGUCGGAUAAUAUCAGGUCCAUCCCAUCUGUGCUCGAUGGUUUGAAACCGGGUCAAAGAAAGGUUUUGUUUGGUUGUUUCAAGAGGAAUUUAAAGAGCGAAAUCAAAGUGGCACAAUUGGCAGCGUACGUGAGUGAAAACACCGGCUACCACCACGGUGAAGUCUCGUUAGUGCAAACGAUCAUUGGUUUGGCUCAGAAUUUCGUCGGCUCAAACAAUAUAAAUAUUUUGAAACCAAAUGGUGCUUUUGGUUCGAGAGCAACUGGUGGUAAGGAUGCUGCUGCUGCGAGAUAUAUCUUCACUGAAUUGAGUGACAUCACUAAAGCCAUCUUCAAUCCACUAGAUAACCCGAUAUACACCUAUGUCCAAGACGAUGAGCAAACCGUUGAACCGCAAUGGUAUUUGCCCGUUUUGCCAAUGAUUUUGGUCAAUGGAGCCGAAGGUAUCGGAACAGGUUGGUCAACGAAUAUCCCUUCCUUUGAUCCCAAGGAUAUUGUUGCCAAUUUGAGGCGACUUAUGAAUAAUGAACCAUUGGAAGAAAUGACACCGUGGUAUAAAGGGUGGGACGGUGUAAUUGAGCCCAUGGGACUGCAAAAGUACAAAAUCAGUGGAAGAAUCGAGCAGGUCGACGACAAUACAGUUGAGAUUACAGAAAUCCCUGUCAAAACCUGGACCAACACCGUCAAGGAAUUUUUGUUGGCUGGAUUUGGUAACGAGAAAACACCUGCGUGGAUCAAAGAUAUGGAAGAACAUCACACAACGAAUAUCAGGUUUAUUGUAAAGUUGAGCGAUGCAGAAAUGGAAAAGGCGUUGAAGGUUGGGUUGUUGGAGAAAUUUAAAUUGACUUCCUCUGUGAGCUUGGGUAAUAUGGUUGCGUUUGAUCCAUAUGGAAGAAUCAAGAAAUACAAUGAUGUGUCAGAGAUAUUGAAGGACUUUUACUAUGUGCGUUUAGAGUACUAUGAAAAGAGAAAGAAUCAUAUGCUCGAGAUGUUGCAACGGAAAUUGUUGAUGAUUUCGGAACAGGCCAGAUUUGUAAAGAUGAUUAUCGAAAAGGAAUUGUCCGUUGCUAAUAGGAAGAAAAAGGAAUUGAUUGAGUUGCUUGAGCAACAUGAUUUUACAAAGUUUACCAAAGACGGAAAGCCAGUAGAAUCAAAGGACUCCAAUAUGUUCAUUGAUGAGAAUGACUCUGAAGAGGAGAUUGAGAAUGAGGGUGAUGUUUCUGCUUUGAAUUUGAAAAAGGCGGAAGAUCGAGUCGAAGGAGAGCAUAAACCUGACACAAUUUUCUCAUCGUAUGAUUACUUGUUAGGGAUGACAAUUUGGUCCUUGACUCAUGAACGGUAUGUCAAGCUUUUGAAUGAAAAGUCCAAUUUACAGAAGGAGUUGGAGAUUUUGAUUGGCAAAUCGGCCGUUGAUUUGUGGAAUCACGAUUUGGAUGAAUUCAUGGCAGCGUAUGAAUUGUUUUUGGCUAAAGACGCAGAAGAGAGGGAGCACUUAUCAAGUAGUGGAAAUAAAAAGAAGACAACAAGAAAGAGGAAAGCUGUUAAAUCUGAGGCGGAGCCAGCAAAGAAAGUGAAAGUUGAAGGUGAUGAUGCUUCACUAAGUGCGCUGAAUGUUUCCAAACCACGAACUACACAAGCAAAGACAAAAUCAACCACCCCACCCAAUUCAUCAACGCUGGCGCCAAAAGAAGCCACCGUCAAGAAGGAGCCCAAUGAUAUUCUUUCAUUCUUUUCGCCACCAAGCAAGUCAAGUGCCAGGUCGAAUGGAGGCGCGUCAUCGACAAAGACAUCGAAACCCGUUGCUAGUUCAAUAUUUGAUUCGGAUGACGAUAUAUUCGAAGUAAGCAAGCCAUCUGAGAAACCCAAAUCCAAGCCGAAACAAAACAUUUUGGAUGAAUUGGAUGAUUUGGAAAUAUUAGGUGGCAAGCCGGAGGUUUUGGAGAGCAGAAAACGUUCCAGCAGACCUGCGAGGUCCAAAAUCACCAGCUUAUUCAGUGAUGACGAGAGUGACGAUGGUGUAGAAGAUGAUCCAAGUGAAGUGGUUGAGAUUGAUGAUGAUGACGACUACAAUGAUGAGUGA